CUCAUUAUCGCACUCUGGUUGACAGCUUCGCAAGUCAACCAUGAAUAAAUAUCUUUCCUGUCUAGGUCUUGUACAUCAGCAUUCUGCCUGGAGGAUGAUAUAUAAGUUCUAGAUAAUUUCUUGCAGUUUUGAUCAGCCAAGUUAUUGACAAAACGUCUGUUUGAUCUUUGCACUGGCCAUAAAGAAUGUUUGAUUCAGAUAUUUCUGGGCUAAAAAAUAGACCAGAGACGGAUUUUACGUGUUCAUUGGAGUUUUAUGCUACCUUAAUAUCAUAACCUUUCUGAGAAUAGAGUUUCUUCAUUUUGUGAGAGCGGAAAUUUUAUUUAUUGUUUUGGUUACUUGUAUAUGAGCAACAAUGGCUUUGAGGUUCAGAAAUGUCCUGUUAUUUUCAGUUGUUUUUAUAGUGAUGUACAGUUGCAUCGUAGCAGAGCCUGAGAUGGAAAACAGAGGAAAAAUAAGGACUGCCCCUAAUAGGAAUUUGGGUGGUACCGAUAUAGAUGGAAUUGGUACAGAGAAUAGCUUUGGGGGUUCAGAGCAUGGUUCUAGUAAGUUGGAUGAGGGGAAGGGCGGGAAUAGUAAAGUUCCAGUCAUCACAGUUGCAUGGAUGACUCUGGUGAUGGCUGCUGCUACUGGGCUAGGUGCAGUGCCGUUCUUCUUUGUGGAGCUUGAUCCACAAUGGGCUGGAAUAUGCAACGGAAUGGCUGCUGGGGUGAUGUUAGCUGCAAGCUUUGACCUUGUGCAGGAAGGGCAGGCCCGUGGUAGUGGUAGCUGGGUUGUGAUAGGGAUUCUUUCAGGCGGCUUUUUCAUUUGGCUUUGUAAAAAGUUUCUUGAACAAUAUGGGGAAGUAAGCAUGUUGGACAUAAAAGGCGCAGAUGCCAGUAAAGUCAUUCUUGUUAUCGGUAUAAUGACACUUCAUUCUUUUGGAGAGGGAUCUGGUGUUGGAGUCUCUUUUGCUGGUUCCAAAGGAUUUUCUCAAGGACUGUUGGUAACCUUGGCUAUCGCUGUCCACAACAUACCAGAAGGAUUAGCUGUGAGCAUGGUUCUUGCAUCAAGAGGGGUUUCUCCAUAUAAUGCCAUGUUGUGGAGUGUGAUUACAUCAUUACCCCAGCCCAUUGUUGCUGUU